GUUAAUGUUGAAUCAUGUGUUGCAAAAAAGUUAUUGAACUCUCACCUUGAUUUACACAUCACACCAACACAAAUAUCCCUACACUCUGAACUGAUCCCUAUUGUUUCAUUUCUUCAACUAUUGUUACCUCUGCUUCAAUGGCUAACUUGAGCUUCAUCCUUGGCAUCAUUGGUAAUGUAAUUUCAAUACUGCUUUUUGCUUCUCCCAUUUUUUCCUUUGUUUCCAGAAAAACCUUUUGCGGGAUGAUAAAGAAGAAAUCAACGGGAGAUUAUAAAGGAGAGCCCUACAUAACAACCCUUUUGAGCACCAGCUUGUGGACUUUAUAUGGAAUCAUCAAUCCAGAUGGGUUACUUGUAAUGACAGUGAAUGGAGCUGGUGCCAUCCUUCAGCUCAUCUAUGUCAUCCUCUUCCUCGUAUAUGCUCCUAAAGAUACGAAGGUUAAGGCAGCAAAGUUGGUGGGUGUAGUAAAUGUUGGUGUCCUUGGAACGGUUACCGCUGUAACUCUUUUUGCAGUUCAUAAAAACACAAGGCUCACUUUUGUUGGAAUUUUAUGCACUGCUUUAACCAUUGGCAUGUACGCGUCGCCAUUGUCAGCCAUGAGCACAGUUGUAAAGACCAAGAGUGUGGAGUAUAUGCCAUUUUUACUCUCAUUGUUUCUGUUCCUCAAUGCUGGUGUUUGGUCUGCUUAUGCAGUGCUUGUGAAGGAUAUCUAUAUUGGUGUGCCAAAUGCAGUUGGAUUAUUUCUAGGAUCAGCUCAGUUGAUUCUCUAUGUUACAUACAAGAACAAGCCUGUUUCAACAAACCCAAGUGAGGCAAUUGAAGAAGAAGAAGAAGAAGAAGAAGAAGGCGGCUCAGCUCACCCAGGGAGAAGAGGCAUAGAGAUGAAUUCAUCACUUGUAAACGUCUAAACAAUGGCAAAAGCCUCCCGAGCCCACAUUUUAAUCAACAAU